GAUACAUCGCUGCAAAACAGUUCACGGGAUUGUCGCUAAGGAUGAACACUUUCAACCCAAGCGCAAAUUCGGUUCUGCUGUGUGCCGUGUUCGUGGUGUUAGUUAAACUGUCCGCGUGUCAUACUGUGUACGAGUUCAGCGAUGUGAAACACUUCCACUACGACCGAGACGUUAGGGACCCCCUCGGUGUUUUCAACUGGCCGCUGACAUUUUCCCGCAAUUGCAAUGGUCGGUCACAGUCGCCUGUGAACAUCGAGACAAGGCGUCUCUCCUUUGACAAACGCGCUUCCUGUCCGAGAAUGAUGUAUAAUAUAUCAGUAGUUCAAGGGACGCUCUUAAAUAACGGUCAUUCAGCCGAGUUCCGAUUUAAUCCCGGUAAUCUUGCGGCCACUAAUCUGCCGCACCGUCCAGGCUUCUACAUCGCGCAUGACCUACACGUGCAUUAUGGUGGCCUGUUUGAAAACUCGUUUCUGGACAUUGAGAACCAGAUCUCGCCCGGCUCAGAGCACACGGUCAAUGGGCGCCGGUAUGACGGGGAGCUUCACGUUGUGUUUUACAACAGCCGUUACCGAGGCGUCGACGAGGCGAAGCAUCAUGCUGAUGGCAUCGUGGUAUUGGCCUACUUUAUACACAAACAAUCGGACGGUGUGGCCUUCGGAAACACCAUGCAGUUUUCGAAUUUCUUCGAGUACAACAUACCACAGAUCGUUAAUAUAAAUUCCUCUAUCAUCACCGCACUGAAUCUGGAUAUGUUCCGUCGCCAACCCUGCGAGUUCUACACGUACAUCGGAAGUACGACGACGCCUGAAUGCAACGAAGUUGUACGAUGGGUCAUCUUCCGGGAGCCUCUGCUCGUCUCUCAGACAGCGUGGUCUGUCUUGCAGCUGAUGGAGUUUAACGGAGAUUUCGACAUCCGCUAUGGCAACUUCCGGAAUCUGCAGCCGCUAAAUGGGCGAGUUGUAGAAAGCAACUUUGUGCCGAAUUUCUAAAAAAAAGAUCAUUUUUAAAUAGGGAACACAUUUUGCACUCAAAAGUGCUUUAUUAUCAAUACAAUACUUGUUGAAAUGACAAUAUGUAUCAAAUAAAUAAAUGAUAAUACAUACAUAA